AUGUCCAAAGAUUAUCAAUCACUAAAUAGAUUCAUAAAAGAUGGUGUUAAACAGAUUAGAACACCUUUUAAAUUAGAUGAUGAUUUAUUAGAUAUAUGUCAAGAUACUUAUGAUAAUGAUUCAAAACAUUUAAAUCCACGUGAAUUAUCAAGAAUACUGAAAGAGGAAAUACUUGAUAAUGAAGAAUUUCUUCAAUUUUUUAAAGAUUUAGAAUUACCAAUAAAUUUACAAUCUGAUUAUAAAUUAUAUUCAUUAGGUGAUUUAAUUGAACAAAUUUUAACAUUACCAGAAAUUGAUACAUCAUCAUCAAAGAAGAUAUCAAAUUUAAAUAAAUUAAAAUAUGAUGAAUAUAAUAACAAGAGAAUUCAACUUAUUACUAAAAUACAAAAACUUCAACAAUUGAAAGAAGAAACUCAAUUAUUGAAAAAUUAUAAUGAAUUAUUGAAUAUAAAAUUAAAUGGUGGUGAUGGAAUUAAUAGUAAUAUAAGGCAAAAUACAUUACACAAGAAUAAUACUGAAUUAUCAAAUGAAAUAACAAAAUUAAAAAUUAAUUUACAAAGAUUUCAAACAUUUGAUAAAAACAAGAAAGAAAAAUUUCAAAAAAUAUUAAAAAAUGAAUAUCCUUAA